AUGACAGAUUCCGAUACCAUGGACGACUUGUCCAGAAACGUACCACAAAGGGAUGGCAGCUCUGUGUCCAAUGGAAGGACGGUACCACUACUUGGGAGCGACUGUCCGAUCUCAAAGAAUCUUUCCCCAGUGAGGUUGCUGAGUAUUCCAUCGCAAAAGUGGUGGGUUCCAUACAUCUUGAAGAAACCAAAUGCAAUCAUUGCCAAAGUCAAGAGCCAAUACCACAAGCAAACACACAAAUUUGGCAUCCGAAUUCCCAAAACAGUCCAAGAAGCCCGUGAACUUGAUCGAAUCAAUGGCAACAACUUGUGGGAACAGGCCCUUGGGAAGGAGAUGAGCAAUGUUCGUCUGGCUUUCAAGAUGCUCAACAAGGAAGACGAAGCACCAGUUGGGCACACCAAAAUCAAGUGCCAUAUUGUUUUUGAUGUCAAAAUGGAAAAACUCCGCCGAAAAUGCCGAAUGGUUGCUGGUGGCCACAUGACCGAGGCAUCAUGCCCUAGCGCAACUUACUUGAGCGUUGUAUCUUGUGAAUCUGUCCAAAUUGCCCUAACAUUUGCCGCUUUAAAUGCAAUGGAAGUCAAAGCUGCUGACAUCUAG